CCCCCAGAGCUGCGGCUGCCAUUGGUUUCUCCGGGCCGCGGAGGCUGGGCCAGGCACGGCUGGAGAGCGCGCAGCGGAGAAAGUUGCCGCCCGCCCCGCGGAGUUGUUACUCGGCGUUGGAGUUUGCGCCGGGCUGGUUGCAGCAAGGUGCCGGCAGGGGUGGCUGUGCCCGCAAAGGAGGACACUGGAGGACUUGAGUAGCAGCCACAGAAAUACAGGAGGGGUGUCCCUGGAACUUGGUGCAGGUCCCCAUCUGCACCCAACACUGUUGACACACUAGCAAGCGUACUGACAAGGGGCCAGGGUUGUGUUGUUUGCCAAUACCCAGGAGGCUUGUCUUCUCCGGUCCUUGGCUUGCAGCAAGUCCAAGAGGCAAGGUAUAUACAGCAACGGCGGCAACCAAACAGUGAGAGUGCCGCAAAGGAGCAGCCCCUAGCAGAGGCGGUGAUGCUGGGGUGCUCUCUUUGGGGCUCUGCACCCCCCACGCCCGUUGGGGAGAGAAGGAGGAGAGCUGUGUUGCUUGAAGGGCUGCUGCUGGUGGUGGUCUUUCCAAUCCAGGUCUCGACUCAGCAGCUCACCCGUUGUCCUGAAGCCUGUAAUUGUUCUGAGGUGACCAGGACAGUGACCUGCAUCAACCAGAGCCUGACUGAAGUGCCGCGGGACUUGCCCCAUUAUGUGCGGGACCUCCUCCUUGCAGGCAACUGCAUCACCGGGCUCCAGCCUGGCACGUUCUUCUCUGAACCUCCUCUGCAGCUCAGUCACCUCAGCCUAAGCAGCAACUGCUUGGAGUGGGUGGGGGACGAUGCUUUGGCUGGCUUGCCUAGCUUGAAGCAGGUGGACCUCAGCCACAAUCGUCUUUCGUCGUUCAGCGCAGUGGCCUUUGGCAACAGCAGCAGCCUCAUCGAAGAGGUGAACUUGAGUAACUCCCUCUCAAAUACAAGCAACGGAACCCUCCUCGCUGAGCUGCUCCCUCCAAGGGCUUUCCCCAACUUGAAGUUCCUGGAUCUGUCUGACAACCGUCUGCUUCGCUUGCCUGUGGAUAUGUUCUCCUCGCUGUUCAACCUGCAGCACCUGAACCUGCAAAACAGCUCCCUGUCAGAUUUGUAUAAAGUGGACUUCUCAAAUCUCCAUCAGCUGCAGAGCCUCGACCUCAGUGACAAUGCCCUCAAGUGCCUGAUGAACAGCACCAUCUUUCAGCUCCGCAGCCUUCCCCGCCUCAGUAGUCUUGACCUCAGCCACAACAGUUGGGUCUGUGACUGCCAGAUUGAGGUCUUGGUGAACUGGCUUAAGGAAAGUGACCUCGUGGUGGCCAAAGAGACUCUCAAAUGCUCUGACUCAAAUGAGAUGGGGGGCAGGCCCUUGGUGACCCUCGACUUCGCAGACUUGGACUGUCCUGUGCCGACUGAUGACCAAACUCAGUUACAGACAUCUUACGUCUUCCUUGGGAUAGUCUUGGCUCUCAUUGGAGCUGUUUUCCUGCUUGUUUUGUACUUGAACCGCAAAGGGAUCAAAAAGUGGAUGUACAAUAUCAGGGAUGCCUGUAGAGACCACAUGGAAGGAUAUCACUACAGGUAUGAGAUCAACGCAGAUCCCAGACUCACAAACCUCAGCUCCAAUUCUGAUGUCUGAAGAAGCCUUGUGGGGGAAGCAGGCCGAGCGCACCAAUAGCUAUGCAUGAUGGGUAGACUUUAGCUUUAUUCCCCUUCCCCAUCCUUGCUGCCCCUUUGCACACUCCCUUAGGACUUCACAGACUCAAUUGUGCCAAGCAGAGAAUGAUGCCUACAUAUAUCCACAGUUCCUAACUUUUGUUAUUGUUGCUAGUAUUGCCCACAGUCAGUUGUGCAUGGAUUGGGCUGUAUGUAGGGACCAUGCCUCUCUCUACUGCCUGUUUUGCUUUGCAACUCACAAUGUGUUAUUGCUUGCCAAGAUCUCUUAGCAUCUAAACAGAAAAGAGACACUUUGUGUGUUGGGGGGGGGGGAGGUGUUCUUGUGAGAGUAUUUUUUUAAACAA